GUCACGGUGCACUUAAUCGAACUCCCUCAGUGUGGCUGGGUGUGUGUAGCGAGAGAGGGCACAGGGUGGCCCUCUAAAUCUGGGUAGAUUCAUUUACACCACAUUUAAAUUGGCAUACCACAUCAAAUUAAUGAAAGGGGAGAUCUAAUAAUUAUUUCUCAGUAUUGAGUGUUCUGACGUGAACUCACUGGGUUGUCGGAUAAGGAAAAUGUCAGAUCCCACAGUGGCUGAUACUCGCCGGUUAAAUUCAAAGCCUCAGGACCUGACGGAUGCUUAUGGUCCCCCCAGCAAUUUUCUGGAAAUUGACGUUUAUGACCCACAAACUGUUGGAGUCGGGCGGAACCGUUUCACAACUUACGAAGUCCGUAUGCGGACAAACCUGCCGAUUUUUAAGUUGAAGGAUUCCAUUGUGCGAAGAAGAUACAGUGACUUUGAGUGGUUGAAGAAUGAGUUGGAGCGAGACAGCAAGAUUGUAGUGCCGCCCUUGCCUGGGAAGGCACUGAAGAGACAGCUACCUUUCCGUGGGGAUGAAGGCAUUUUUGAAGAGGCUUUCAUCGAAGAGCGACGUGUGGGUCUUGAGCAGUUCAUCAACAGAAUUGCAGGUCAUCCUCUUGCUCAAAACGAGCGCUGUCUUCACAUGUUUUUGCAGGACGAGAGCCUUGACCGUAACUACAUUCCCGGAAAGGUAUGAAAUCCAGUGAUCCAGAGGCGAGAUGUGCAUAGCACCGGCCAGAACCCGUCUGAUUUAUCACCUCGUCCCGAUAAAGCAUACAGAGCCCUAUCCACGUUGCAGCCGCAGCCACCUCUGACAGCUGCCUCUGUCUCUCUAAUGCCUUGUACUGUAUAUACAUGUAUAUUCUUCUAGAUACCCCAGCAACACCGGUUCACGGCCCUCUGCAGCCCUGUUAUGUGUGUAGCCAAGCACACUAAAUGGGGUGUGUUACAGGGAAGUUAGUACAUUGUUGCAGAUUUACAUAUAAACAGAAAUUCAAUUUUUUUUAAAUCUGUAUCUGAAUUUUCCCCCUAAAAAACAUUGCAUUUGGCACUGUAGUUGGGUCCACCUCUAUGUAUCAAUUCCAGCUAUGCCUCAUAAUCUGCCCAACCUCCCAGCGACAUUAGUUUUGUUUCACUUGUCUUUGUCCCUCCCUCAAUAAAUUAUUUUCUUGAAUGAUUUAAUCCACAAAUCACAAUCUGUCUCUCUAAUGAUCUUCAUCCAUAGAAGACUGGCUGUGUCUACGUGUAAAGUAUAUAUGAUAACCUAAUAGAAAAUACAUAGCUGUUUGAGGGGAAAUUGGUAUACUCUCUCUGCCCAGCAUAGCCUAAAGGAUUAUGUGUUCAUGGUUCUGUCAUUCCAGUUAAUGGGUUACCUAUUUUUCUUCGCACAUCAAUAAAGAAAAAAUACCUAUUUCUGUCAUUCCUUCUGGAGACGUUUCACUUUUGUAAUAGUCUGAUUUCUUACCUUUAAGUAUUCAAUCAUAAUGUAUCUCUGUCCCUUGGUACCCACAGUAACCAAAAUUGUUUCUCCAAUUGUAUGAUUAAAAUCUCUGGAUGUCAGUAAACAAUGGUACCUUCCAAAGUUAAGCAAAAUGUAGCAUCAUUGGAAAACAAAUGUUUUUUAAAGGGAGAUCUUCCCAUAGUUUUCCUCUAACAUGACAUUCCAUGUUUCUUUGCAUUUUCCAUUGAAAUAAGAAUUUGUGGCUUUCCAAAUGCUCUUGCAGUUAGAUUUUUCUAUUAUGAUUACUUUUUAUUAUCAGAUCUUUGUUUGCCUUGAAUUGUUCAUUAUCAGUCUUUGCAUCGUUUUCAGUCUGUUUAUGGGAAUGUAAUGUCAGGUAAUCAAACCACUGUGAAAACAAGGGGCUGAUGAAUAAUCCACACAUUUUUAUUGAUAAAGAAGCUUUUGGCAUGAAGUUUAUUGACCUAAAGUAUUUCUUGAAUGCCUUUUUUGUCUUAUGUAUUUUGUCUUCAUUAUUAUCAUGUACAUUUAAUCUCCAUUUUCAGAAGAGCUGCCUUGUUUGUACCAUAAAUAAAAUUCCCUCUGCCUGCAGGGCUAUGUCCAA